AUGAGCUCCUCGGAUGAAGAUGUGCCUCUUGUUGGCAAGAGGAAGUCCAACGGACACACUACAGCGACACAUGCGCUCUCAGAUGAGCUGAUUUCGAAGUCCACUGAUCCAUCCGUUAGCCACUCCCCGAAAGCAAAUGGAUACGUGCAGCCUGGCUUGUCCAUUCGCCAUGGAACCGUCGAACCUGACGACGUCGAAAUGCAAGAUGUCGACGUGAACGGAUCCAGUGCAAGCAAGAGAAAGACAAGAGCUGACGGAGUUCGGAAAUCAUAUGCUGAGCCGGAGAGCAGUGAGGAGGAUAAGCCAUUGAGCAAGCGACGUCGCACUUCAACGCAGCUCAAAGUAGAAGAUUCCAAUUCUGAUGAUGCCCCCAUCAUAUCCAAAUCUGCUAAAGGGAAAGCAGCAGCGAAAGCAGCCGCAGAAGAGCAGUCUGACUCGGAUGCUCCCAUAAGGAAAAGUCUAAUCGCAGAGAAAGCUAAGAUUGAAGAACGUGCUCGGAAGGAAGCAAAAGCGAUCCGCAAAAAGGAAAGCGCUGCGGCAGCAAAGGCAAAGACAAAGACAAAAACUCAAGCUACAAAAGGCAAAAAGACACUGGCAAACGGCAUUAAAAAGUCGGAAUCUAGUGAUGAAGACGUUCCCCUGUCCCGUAAAGCGCCCGCAAAGAAGUCUACGAAAGUUGCGGAGUCUACAGACGCAAAAAUAUCUAAAGCCAAGACAAAGAAGGAAUCUAGCGAAGAAGCCGACGCUGACGUGGAGGCGGAGGAGGGAGAGGAGGAAUAUCGUUGGUGGGAGGAUCCAACCAAAGGAGAUGGCACUAUCAAGUGGACAACUCUGGAACAUAACGGUGUCAUAUUUCCCCCUCCAUACGAGCCACUGCCUAAGCAUGUCAAGAUGAAGUACGAUGGCGUUCCAAUAACUCUAGCCCCAGAAGCUGAAGAAGUUGCCGGGUUCUUCGGUUCCAUGCUUAACUCCACCCACAACGUUGAGAACCCGACGUUCCAGAAAAAUUUCUUCAAUGACUUCACUGCCUACGUCAAGAAGUCUGGCGGUGCGAAGGACCCGAACGGAAACCCAGUGGCAAUAAAUUCAUUUGAUAAGUGUGAUUUCAAACCGAUCUUCGAGUUCUACGAAGCAGCUCGUUUAGAGAAAAAAGCACUGCCUGCCACAGAAAAGAAAAGACUUAAGGCCGAGAAGGACGAGCUUGAAGCUCCCUACAUGUAUUGUAUGUGGGAUGGUAGGAAGCAGAAAGUUGGAAAUUUCCGCGUCGAACCUCCUGCCCUAUUUCGCGGUCGUGGAGAACAUCCCAAAACUGGAAAAGUGAAGACUAGAGUUAUGCCGGAGCAAAUCACUAUCAACAUUGGAAAAGAGGCAAAAGUCCCAAUACCACCUGCAGGCCAUAAGUGGAAGGAAGUUAAGCACGAUCAAGAAGGCACUUGGCUAGCUAUGUGGCAGGAAAAUAUCAACGGCAACUACAAAUAUGUCAUGCUUGCGGCAAAUUCCGAUAUCAAAGGCCAGAGUGAUUACAAGAAGUUCGAAAAGGCCAGGGAACUCAAAAAACACAUUGAUCGGAUCCGUAGUGACUACAAGAAGGGCCUAAAACAAGAGCUUAUGGCGGAACGCCAGAAAGCUACGGCUGUCUACCUUAUCGAUCAGUUCGCUCUUCGUGCCGGAAAUGAGAAAGGAGAAGACGAGGCUGAUACCGUUGGCUGUUGCUCUCUGAAAUAUGAGCAUGUCACCUUGAAACCUCCAAAUACAGUUAUUUUCGACUUUUUGGGCAAGGAUAGUAUCCGAUACUAUGAUGAAGUAGAAGUUGACCCUCAGGUUUUCAAAAACCUCAAAAUUUUUAAGAAGCCGCCAAAGAAAGAAGGGGAUGAAAUAUUCGACCGCUUAACGACUUCCGCGCUCAAUAAGCAUCUUUCCAACUAUAUGCCGGGUCUUACCGCGAAGGUUUUCCGUACAUACAACGCGUCUUACACAAUGGCUACACUUCUUAAAGGAAUGAAGUCAACUGGCACAAUCGCAGAGAAGAUUAAAGAUUACAACGAUGCGAAUAGACAAGUUGCCAUUCUUUGUAACCAUAAGCGUACCGUUACCGCCAGCCAUUCAACUCAAAUGGAAAAGCUUGGUGAUAGGAUCAAAGGUUUGAAGUAUCAACAAUGGCGCCUUAAGCAGAUGAUGUUAGACCUCGACCCGAAGCUAAAGAAGAAGAAGGGCGCUGCCUACUUUGAACUCGACGAAAGUUUAGAUCAAGAAUGGAUCAAAGAGCAUCAAGCUUUCCUCGUCGAAGAGCAACGGCAAAAGAUCAAAAAGAAGUUCGAGAAAGACAAUGAGAAGCGCGUUGCUGAAGGCGAGAAAGAAAUGAAAGCAAAGGAGCUCGAGGAACGCCUUGAAGCCGCGAAUGAGUUAGAGGCCAAGUUCAAGAAGGAAAACAAGUCUAAGAAGGUUGUACCGGAGGGAAAGGGAGUCACCGUCGAGAAGCUGGAGAACCAGCUCCUGAAGCUUGGACAGCGUAUCGAAAAUAUGUCCCUUCAGGCUGAGGACAAGGAAAACAACAAAGAAGUAGCCUUGGGUACUUCUAAAAUUAAUUAUAUCGACCCUCGUCUCACCGUGGUAUUUUCGAGGAAAUUCAAUGUCCCUAUGGAAAAGUUCUUCUCGAAGACCUUGCGUGAAAAGUUUGAUUGGGCGAUUAAGUCCGUGGACGAAAAUUGGGAAUUUUAA